AUGUCUAGCUCACUCAUUUUCAUCACUGGCGCGACGGGCUUCAUCGGCGGUCAUGUCGUGGCCGCUACCUUGAAAGCAGGCCACCGAGUGCGACUCAGUGUCCGUCGCGAAGAGCAGAUCCAAAAGUUGAAGACAAUUUUUGCUGCUCACGCAAGCCAAUUGGACUUCAUCGUUAUUCCCGACUUCCGGACGGCAGAAGCCUUCGUUGAUGCAGUCAUUGGCGUGGACUACAUCAUCCAUGUGGCUUCCCCCAUGGUGGGGAAGGGCGUCGACUUCAAGAAGGACUACAUUGCCCCCGCUGUCCAGGGAACGCUCUCUGUCUUGGACGCCGUGAAGACUUCCCCUACCAUCAAGCGAGUAGAGAUCAUGUCCUCGCUGUUUGCCUUGGCACCUAUCGGAGCUCUAUCAGGGCAGCAGACUGCCCCUCUCGUCCUUAAAGAACACUCCGAGAACAAGCUUCACGUCGACCCAGACAUGGCUGUCCCCGAGGGCGUUCCAGGCCACGGCCUCAUGUACCAGGGGUCCAAGAUCCUUGCGCACCAAGCUACCGCCGACUGGGUCGCCAAGAACAAGCCAUCCUUCCCGGUUCUGACCUUCCACCCAAGCUUCGUCACGGGGCCCAGCCUCUCCCAAACGAAGCCGGAAGAAAUCGACAGCAUCAACCACUUGGUCUUGGAGACGAUCCGGACGGGCGCCGUCACCAUCCCACCCGUCUUCGUAGACGUGAGAGACGUCGCACACGCCAUGGCGGAGGCCCUCUCGGCGCCGGUUCCGGCCUUCCAGGAAUUCAUUCUCUCUGGGCAUGCGACUACUUGGAGCGAGGUUGCCGAGUUGGCACAAAAACUUUAUCCCACUGCCGGCUUCAAGCUCAAGGCCCCUGUGCAGGAGCCCCCCGCCGUCACGGCGGUGACUAAGGCUGCUGAUGAGAUUCUUGGGAUGAAAUGGAAGUCUCUGGAGGAGGUUAUUCGCGGUGUUGUGGAUGUUCAGCUUGCUUUGGCUGCAUGA